CAGCACUGUUUACCUGCCCAUGCCCCAAGGCCUUGGUACGAGUGGCUAAACAUCCAGUCCCAUUCUGACUGAGGCAACCCAGAGCUGAGGUUGACUGACUGCUGCACCUACUGCCUGGGGCUUCGUCUGACUUUCUUUGGGAACGCUUCAAGUCAAGUCAUCUGACACCCCGGACCACUGGAAUCAUGGUCCAUGGAUACAAAGGGGUCCAGUUCCAAAACUGGGCGAAGACCUAUGGCUGCUGUCCAGAGAUGUACUACCAGCCCACAUCAGUGGAGGAGAUCAGAGAGGUGCUGGCCCUGGCUCGGCAGCAGAACAAGAGAGUGAAGGUGGUGGGUGGCGGCCACUCGCCUUCAGACAUCGCCUGUACUGAUGGCUUCAUGAUCCACAUGGGCAAGAUGAACCGGGUCCUCCAGGUGGACAAGGAGAAGAAACAGGUCACAGUGGAAGCUGGCAUCCUCCUGGCGGACCUGCACCUAGAGCUGGACAAGCACGGCCUGGCCAUGUCUAAUCUAGGGGCGGUGUCUGACGUGACAGUUGCUGGCGUCAUUGGGUCCGGAACACAUAACACAGGGAUCAAGCAUGGCAUCCUGGCCACCCAGGUGGUGGCCCUGACCAUGAUGACGGCUGAUGGAGUCGUUCUGGAAUGUUCCGAGUCAAGCAAUGCAGAUGUGUUCCAGGCUGCACGGGUACACCUGGGCUGUCUGGGCGUCAUCCUCACCGUGACCCUGCAGUGUGUGCCACAGUUCCACCUGCAGGAGACGUCCUUUCCCUCGACCCUCAAGGAGGUUCUAGACAACCUGGACAGCCACCUGAAGAAGUCAGAAUACUUCCGCUUCCUCUGGUUUCCUCACAGUGACAACGUCAGCAUCAUCUACCAAGACCACACCAACAAGGCCCCCUCCUCUACAUCUAACUGGUUUUGGGACUAUGCCAUCGGGUUCUACCUAUUGGAGUUCUUGCUCUGGACCAGCACCUUCCUGCCAUGCCUCGUGGGCUGGAUCAACCGCUUCUUCUUCUGGCUGCUGUUCAACGGCAAGAAGGAGAGCAGCGACCUCAGUCACAAGAUCUUCACCUACGAAUGUCGCUUCAAGCAGCACGUCCAGGACUGGGCCAUCCCCAGGGAGAAGACCAAGGAGGCCCUGCUGGAGCUGAAGGCCAUGCUGGAGGCCCACCCCCAUGUGGUAGCCCACUUCCCUGUGGAGGUGCGAUUCACCCGAGGUGACGACAUCCUGUUGAGCCCCUGCUUCCAGAGGGACAGCUGCUACAUGAACAUCAUCAUGUACAGGCCCUAUGGCAAGGAUGUGCCUCGGCUAGACUACUGGCUGGCUUACGAGACCAUCAUGAAGAAGUUUGGAGGCAGACCCCACUGGGCAAAGGCCCACAAUUGCACCAGGAAGGACUUUGAGAAAAUGUACCCUGCCUUUCGAAAGUUCUGUGGCAUCCGCGAGAAGCUGGACCCCACUGGGAUGUUCUUGAAUUCGUACCUGGAGAAGGUGUUCUACUAGAGCAGGGGUGGCAGCUAGCCUCCCCCACCUCUCAGGCUUCUGUGGCCUUUGGGGAAUGGAGCAGUGGCCCACAGGCACAGUGGGGGCCACCCUCCAGUCCUGACCACACAGAAGGGCGGAGCUCUGGGCAGGGGGGCCUCUCUGCUCCUUUCUCCACCAUCUUCACAGCACCCCAGGCAAGAGGUGGCCUCUCCCUUAAAUCCCUGUUUGCAUUCCCAUGAGUCCCACAGACAUUCCAAUCCAGACUGGGGAUUUGGUGGUUCCUAGGAUCUACCUGUCAGCCAGGUGUCGUGAGGUUCUGAGGCCUGCGGUUCUGCGGCCCAAUGCAGAAGGGAUCCCUUGGCAAGUGUUUCAGCACAGAGGGGGCAUGAAGCACGCUCUGCUUUCUCACUUCAAAAGUUCUUUCGGAUGCCCAGAGACUGUCUGGUCCUGGACAAGCCAUCUUCCAGAUGGAUCCACCUGGCCUGACUGUCAUGGCCUGACACCCACAGUGUCUCUUUCAGGAGGUGUUCAGAGUGGAACUCACUCAUCUGUUUGUUUCUCUCCCAUCACCUUAGAGAGCCGGGCUUUCACCAAGUCCCUGGUUUUCCCCAGGUAUUGUUCUCACCUUCCUCUUCACAAAUGUGAUUUCAGUUUGCUCUGUGGUCUUUCUGGAGUGUUCCUUGGAGAACCAAGAUGCUCCAUCUGCUUUGUAUAAAUUAAAGACUGAAGAUAUUUUUCUGCCUUUGA